AUAGAUAGAUACUAUAGAUAAUACCUCGCAUAUUGAAUGUUAUAGGUAUGUAUAGUAAAUUGCUAUUACCCGACCAUGGUAAGAAUACGUAAAUUCGUAGUCGAGACUGAGGCGCUAAUGUUCAACUUGCAUUAGUAGCGUGUUGUAGCUCUUCGUGCGAACCCCGACGACGAAAUCAUUCCAUCCAGCCGUCGAAGCCGUGUUCUCGGGGGUUUGGGAUUGUGAUUUUGUAUAAAUCUUUAAGUUAUGUGCCAACAAUAUUACAAAACAGAGUAAUAUAACACCGUUGUGCUCGGUCGUGUCACAUAAUCUGAAACUUUACGAGCUGACUGCAAAGCUGCUCUGAAGGAUCUGCCGAGCCCGCAUUAUCUGUGAUAUACAGCUCAGCCUCUCGUCCGUCCUAUAAGGGCUGGGCCAAACGGGGCUAGGAGGCGAGUCCGCAGCAGCUUCCAGCGGUGAUCUCACCUUGUCCUCUGCCAUAGAGGCACUAAACACUGCUACCUGCUUUAUUGACUGCAUCACUACGAACCAUUGUUACUUAGUCUAUAAUUGAAACAAUAUGCUAUCUGUGAACAUAAGUAUAAUGUUAGGUGAAAACUGUAGAAAAUUAUUCUAUUUAUAAUAAUUGUCUGAUGUCUAAUGUUUCUGUAAUAUUAUGUGUUCGACAUCUAAUUAAGGAUAAUUGUUACUCCAAUAUUAAUACUGUUACCGAACCAAUGCAAUGUAAUAUCUCCACCUCGAUGUCGGUGGUGAACACAAAUAAUUUUGGUGCUUUUAAGCGAGUCGAGAAGAAUGAAAGUCAUGAAGCUAGUGUAAAGAUGGUAGAUAUAAAUAUUUAUAAUGUAGAAUUUGUUGAUAGUGUCCAACAAAACCAAAUGAUUGGCGAUACGCCUAACUACUGCAUUCCUUUAACGAUUAACGCCAUAACAGUCCAGGGUAUCUCAUACAGUGACCCAUAUUUCAGUAGCUUUAACUUAACGUAUAAGAUGGCGUUCGGAGCGCCGGAGCAUAUGAACAAGUCUGAUUACGCUUUUAAAUCCUCAGUUUGUAUUAUACGAGAUGAGCCUUGCGAUACGCAACUACUAAACGACAAGUCUGCUCAUAAUAUGAUAUCCAAAACGAAAACUCGAAUCAUAACUAAUGAAGACAAGUCUGUGAAGACAUACCAUGACAAUAAUGAAAUGGAAGUUGGUUACGAAAAACCCGCCAAUAAGACGGCUUUGCGAACGUUCGCAAACGGUGAUCUCACCUUCGACGCUAUGUUGGAACUCACGAAAAACGAGCAUCGAAUUAUCAAGGAAAUGAAAACCCACGAGCUGGAUAGUUGGGGCGUUCCGCGGCGCCUGCGACUUUGUGGAGGUGGCGAGAGCUCACUGAAUGCUGCCACCGGCUGGGGCAGCCCGCCCGCUUCUAAUAACACUGGGAAUUGGGGCGGUAAUUCCAGUGGCCAAACAAAUAAUGGGACAAACAAUACUCAACAAUGGAAUAAUACGGCUCAGCGCCCGCCCACUUCUCAAGCAGACAUGAACAGCAACAAGGGGAAUGGGAAUCAAAUGCCGCCGACCAGUGGCGCAUCCGCGCAGAAUUGGCAAAGUUCCCCACCAAACAUGCCAAAUUCACAGCCCAACAACAAUGGUGCACCCACGAGCAAUGGUACGAACAACGGGGGUAACGGGAACAAUGGCGGUACUAAUCCACCCAAUCCUGCUGCAAAUACGAAUGGUCCCACUGCGGCCAAUGGAAACAAUGGCAAUAAUGCCAACAGCACUUCCUCUGCUAAGAUUGAGCAAUUGAAUUCAAUGAGAGAGGCUUUAUUCAGUCAGGAUGGUUGGGGAGGCCAACAUGUCAACCAAGACACUAACUGGGACGUGCCUGGCUCUCCCGAGCCUGGUUCAAAGGUUGAACAACCUGCUGGGGGGCCACCAGCUUGGAAACCAAACAUUAACAAUGGUGCAUUUCUUGGUACCGAUCUGUGGGAAGCUAACCUUAGGAACGGCGGACAGCCGCCACCACAGCCUGCUGCAAAGACACCAUGGGGCCAUACACCAACCACUAAUAUUGGUGGCACAUGGGGUGAAGAUGACGAUGUAGCCGAUUCUGCUAAUGUAUGGACGGGACCACCUCCCCCGCAGCAAUGGCCCGCAGGUCCGCCGCAACAUGCUCAGCAAUGGGGCGUACCCAAGAAGGACGACUGGAAUGCAUGGGGUGAACCACACCGACCCGUUGAUCCUCGCAUUGAUCCUCACCGCUCUUCUGACCCGCGCCAGCAGUCCGCCGACCCGCGCCAUGACUUGCGCGGUGGAAUAUCUGGACGCCUCAACGGUGAUAUGUGGAGUCAGCAUCACCAACAUGCAGCUGGUCCCAACAAAAUGAUGCCUGGAGGUGUUAAUCAGUGGGGUGCUCAAGGCCCUAAAGACCCAAUUAAAGGAUCUGGUUGGGAAGAACCAUCGCCUCCUGCUGCACGCCGUGCUCCAGGUGGUUUUGAUGACGGUACAUCACUGUGGGCGCAGCGUGGUAUGGGUGGCAUGGCAGCUCGCGGACCUCAAGGCCCGCCCGGCCCUCAGCGAAUGCCUCCUACUCCAACUAAGCCCGACGCCGUUUGGGGUGCUCAUGGUCAACGCAAUGGUUCCUGGGAAGAACCACAUACCCCAGCUUGGCCCGAUAGGGAUGCGCCUGCCUGGCCCGAUGCUUCUGGACCAGCUCUAUGGCCUGUGCCUAAGCCAAAACCAAGUGGCCCCGGAACAGCUUGGCCCGAAGAUAUUGGGGAAUGGGGUGGACCGAAGCCACCGCAGGCUGGUCCUUUAGGCAAACAAUUGCCUAAAGAGAUGGUGUGGAACAGCAAGCAGUUCAGGUUCCUGGUUGAAAUGGGUUUCAAGAAGGAGGAAGCCGAGGCCGCACUUCGUAGCCGCGACAUGAACGCAGAAGAAGCUCUAGAGAUGCUAGCAAAUGCCCGCGGAGGCGAUGGGUGGCGCCGUGAUGACCACUUCGGUCACCACGGAGGGCCUUUCCAGCCGCCGCCGUCAGUACCGGCGGUUUCGCCUGCUGUUGUGCAGAAGAUACUCAACCAGCCACCGCCCCCAACCCCACAACAUCACCAGUCCUACAACCCGAACAGUGGUACGGGUAAUGGCGGGCAGCCGAGCGCCGCGCAACUGCGCAUGCUUGUGCAGCAGAUACAAAUGGCGGUGUCUGCUGGGUACCUCAACCAUCAGAUCCUGAACCAGCCUUUGGCACCUCAAACCCUCGUUCUUCUGAACCAACUGCUCCAGCAGAUCAAAGUACUGCAGCAAUUGAUGCAACAGAACUCGCUUGCGAUGACAAAAGGUCAUUCCAAUCUCGCCUUGCAGUACUCUGUACAAAUUACCAAAGCCAAACAGCAGAUUACAGCUUUACAAAAUCAAAUAACAGCGCAGCAAGCUCUGUAUAUGAAGCAACAAGCUGGCAGCUCAGAUUUGUUCAAACAGGGACAUGAUCCUAUUGCCCAGUUACAGAACAACUUCAGUGAUAUGUCCAUUCCAAAAGAUACUCAAGGAGGCUACGGCGGCAGCAGCGGCAACCAGCAGUCCCGCCUGAAUCAGUGGAAGUUGCCGUCUCUCGACAAAGACGUCGAAGGGUCGGAGUUCAGCCGCGCGCCCGGCACUGCCAAGUCCACAACGAGCCCGCAACUCAACCAACUUGGCUUGCAGCCAGACUCCUCGUAUUGCUCUAGUACUUGGGGAGUGGGUCGCGGAGCGGAAGGAUGGGGUGACAGCGGCGCUGACGUCGCCGAUGGCAAGGACGCCUGGCCCUCACACCCAUCGCAUCAGCCGGUGUACGAUCUCGUACCCGAGUUCGAACCCGGCAAGCCCUGGAAGGGUAAUCAGAUGAAGAAUGUCGAGGAUGACCCAGCUAUGACGCCUGGAUCGGUCGUACGCUCACCGUUGUCACUGGCCGUCAUUAAGGACGCAGACAUGCUAGGCGGCAAGACGUCCCCACCGGGUGGCGAACGCUCGCUGUCCUCGUCAACGUGGAGCUACGCGCCGCCUGUAGGCGCGGGCGCGGGAGCCGGCGGGCUGAAGGCCGACGCGUGGGGCGCCAAGCCGCGCCCCGCUCCGCCCGGCCUCAACAAGGCCUGGCCGCAGCACCACAACAACUCGCAGCAGCGCGCCGUGCCUUCCUGGCAGGCCUCUACUUGGCUGCUGCUCAAGAACCUCACUGCUCAAAUUGACGGGUCCACCUUAAAGACGCUUUGCGUCCAGCACGGCCCUCUGCAGAACUUCCACCUGUACUUGAACCAGGGUCUCGCCCUCGCCCGCUACUCAACGCGCGAGGAGGCCGCUAAGGCCCAGAUGGCCCUGAACAACUGCGUGCUGAGCAACACGACGAUCUUCGCGGAGUCCCCCGCCGAGUCGGAGGUGCAGAUGAUCCUGCAGCACCUGGGCUCGGGCGGCGGCGGCGCGUGGCGCGGCGGCGGCAACAAGCAGCAGGACGGCUGGGGCGGCUUCGCGGGGCUGUGGCCUGACUCGCACGAGCAGCGCGCCACGCCCUCCUCGCUCAACUCCUUCCUGCCGCCUGACUUGCUCGGCGGCGAGUCCAUCUAAGCGCCGUGAGGACCUGUACAGAUGCAUUUGUCCGUGUCGAACGGGUUUCGCUCCUCAUCUCUCGUCGUUCCCGAUCGUUUGCUAAUGUCGCCUAGGUCAUUCCUGAGGUGCAAAUUUUUUAUGGUUAGCGUAAAAUCUUCGAUUUGGAUAGUAUAAAUAGUAUUUAUCGAUCGGUCGGCAUGUCGCUCGAUCGUCGACGACGCGAGCUUAGGAUCGAAGCCCUAGGUGUCUAGUUGUAAUUACGCUUUACCGUCCCCCGUACGGGGAUCGACUAAUUUAAUUCGCCUAGUCAGAUCAUGUCGAACGCGUCACGUCGCGUCAGAGAACGCGGUGCGACGCGGUCGCGGUAGCCAACUGUCCACAAUACUAUAUUAUCUUACUGUGUUUUAAGUGUUCAUGUAGAAUAUUUAGUGUAUAUAAGAAUUAUACAUAUACAAUGGCAAAUGAAACUGUAUCGAGGUUUAUAAGGAAGAGUCCGGUCGCGGCGGGCGCGGGCCACAGUGCGGUGAGACCGCGCGCGGCCCGCUCCUGCAAAUCUACCAAAUAAUCGUAGGUAUCAGAUAGCGUAGUGCGUCGCGGGCUACCUCAGUCACACGUCCCGUGGCCUUAUUUUAUAGCGUAUAUUUAUUUUGUUGUGCUCGAGGGCUGUUGCUGUUUCGCCCGUCGAGCUGUUGCGUUCCGAGUUUCUUUCGUGUUCGUUUUUAUUUUCUCGUUUUAUCUGUAUUUGUCGUAUUUUAAUUAUUUAUUUCUGUUUUGAAUUCUCACUCGCAUCGAGCCCUCGUUUUCCAGUAGUGAUAUUUUUAUUCAGCAAUAAACGUGUAAGUGCAUUUCGCCCACUAACAAAACUUGUACGAUUAGUUGUAAUUUUUAUAAAAAUAACAAAAUUUGAAAAUUAUGAGAUUUGAAGUGCAUUCUUGUAGCGGUAAAUUCCUUUUAAGCCGUAUAGUCUGAUGCAAACGAGUAUAUAGUUAUAUGCGUUAGGAGCGAGCGGUCGCUAGCGCGGCAGCCGCGGCAGUCGCCAGCAAGUACAAGUGGGACGCGCGCUCCCUUGCAAUCCAGUAAUCCUGUGAUGUAAAGUAUCUUGCCUAAUGUAAGGAUAAUCUAUUUUGUUGGAGAGUAUCAUAGUAGCGCGAGUCGCCGGCGGUCGGCCUCCGCCGAAGCUGACGUUUCCCCAAAUUUUUUCCAGUAUUUGUGAUUGAAGUGCCACUUUAUGUUUAAUAUAAUGAGACGAUUAUCUAGAUUAUACGAUUAACGUAAGGGUAACCUAAUAUAAUAAAUUGAAAAUUGUUUUAUCAUUUUAUAUUACACAUACAUUUGUGAGAAAUGUUAUUAAAGUACUAUAAUUGAACAGUAAUUAAAUAUUACACUUUUGUGUAUAGGUAAGAAUAAAGUUCUAACUUAAAUUUAGCCAUAUCAAUAUCUAUUUAAAUAAAAGAUUUGUGGUAUUUUCUAUAGGCUCAAUUUGAACGUUAUUCAAAGUGACAUAUGCUUUAGAUAUUCUGUUAAUAAUAUACUUGUAGCCGUAGGUUUGUCGGUAUUACAUAACUGUAGGUGUAAGUUUAUAUUGUAAGUCCUAUCGUAGAGUUCAAUAAGCAUACUAUUGAUAUUUAACGGCAACGAUUGCACGUGUAAGUUAAAGUUCGUUAUCAUAAAGUUUAUUUACACUUUUAUUUACUUUUUAAUUUAUUGAUGGUGUGCCACAGAGAUACUCUGCCAAAAUAUAAAAUUACCAAUAAUCGCGGGAUGAGAGUAGUAGAGCGGCGAGCGAGCGCCCGGCAACGCGGACGCCGGCGCCGCCUCGGACCCACCUCGCUCUACGAUCCCGGCCGAAUAAUAAUGUAAAUUGUAACUCUAUUUCGAACAUCUUCCAGUGUUUUUAUGAUAAAACGAUUUUAGCCUUAAGUUAGUUUUAAGCGAUUCGCUGUACCUUGUCGAGCCUCGGCUCGCGUACUCUUCACAAAUUAAUUAAUUAAGUUAGUUAAACGCGAAUUUAGACGUGUACGUGCGUUUGAACUCUGUUCGCUUCGGACCUGUAGUAGUCUAGUGUUAAAUGUUUCGAUGUGUGAUGUGUUCAUUUAGAAACAAUAUUAGCAUUCGUCAUUACUACCGUAUUAUCUUACUAUAGGGACCGACGGCAGUUUUGCGUUUAGAUCAUUGCAUAUUCUUCGUUGCCUUUCGCGAUUUGUAUCAGAUACAGAUUUAGUUUGAACGCGGAGCACUAUUCUCUUACAAAUGACGUCCGCAUUGUUUGCCGCAUUGUUCGCGUCGCAUCACAACGGGUUGUUGAUACAAAGGCACGGUAUAUGCAACCGAACCAUUUGAUUCGCCUUCCAAGGGGCCAUAAUCGAGAUUGUCACGGAGUUUAAAGUUAGGUGCCAAAGAGUGAUUAUCAAAGAUGUCCGGAACAACUGAUUGCAUUUCUCAGCUUGAUAAAGAUACUUCCAAAUUUGAAAUUAUAUUCGCGGUACGGGUUAAUGAUCUGAUGUUCCUAUAACAUUUCGUGUUACGUCUAUUCAACAAUAGUGCACGUAUAAACAGACAAAUGUCAAUUCUAUGUAUUGUUAAAGCUCAAUUUAAGUGAUGAGGGUGUUUCUUUUACCGAUUGAUAGAAUAAAUAAAGAGUAUAGGUAUUAUUUUUAACUGAUAUUGUUCUGUCCAAAUCUACACCAAUAUUUGAUAACGCCUAAAUCUCAGUUGUUUACUCUGGUGCAAAUUUAAAUUUUAAUAUUACAGCAAUAAAUAUUUAAUUUUUAUAAAGUUUUUUCCAUUUUGAGGUUAGAAAGCCGAUCAAACGGAGAGUAUAAUGAACCAGUGCCCUUUAGAAUACGUCAUCCAUAGAUUAAAGACGAAAGAAGUUUAUGCCUUGAAAUUUUUUAGUCAGUUAAUCAGUACUUAAUAAUGGAUAUACAUAUUGUAAAGUGGACGUAUUUUAAAUGUGUAGACGUGUCGGUAUAGCGGUAGAUAGUGGUGUUAGAGGUGUAUCGGUAGAGGCGCGCGCGAGCCUCGCGAGUCGCGCCGCCACAAGGUUGUGAGUAGCGGCAUCGCGCCGCGCUAACUGAAUCUCCUCUCGGUUCAAUGACUGCAUCAUUAUUUCCUGCACACAAUUAUUGCGCCAUGUGCAAUUUAGUCUGUGUUAUUAUUAUGUUGUUGUGUAUUUAUAUGAUACAUCUAUACUGUAAUAUGUAUAUAUUGUGAAAUUUUAUUCGUAAAAAUUUAAUACGCUUCACGCUUCUCUUUUAAUAACAUUUUUCGUGAUUUGUUUCUGUUAUUUAGAAUAAAUUUACGUACCUACAAGUAAUUAUAAUACGAUCAUAAAUGUAAAUAUAAGUAAAAUAAUAAAAAAAAAUAAAAAAGCAAAAAAAAAAGAAAAAAUAUAUAAAGAAAAGCAAUUAAAAGAAACCAAUGAUUGUGCCUCAAUGAACUGUGGUACGUUACCGUAACCGAUGGCAGGUGUAAUCGUUCCCUUCAAAAAUGUAUUAUAAUGAAUUGUGCGCCUAGGCACCGCUCUGUGACUAGCUGUAGACAAUAUAAGGCUGCGAGCAGCGGGGCCCGCGCCCACGCCUUGUGUAAUCAUUAAUGAGCUUAGCUAUGUUUUACUUUUAUUGUAAUAAGUGUUAUUUCAUCAAUCGACAUUUUAUAUAUAUACAUACCUACGUAUAUGUAAAUAUUUUUAUCUAUUUAUUUAUUGGUUUUCAUGAAGUUUACCCGAAUUAACGUGUAACCUUAAAAUUUGUUGGUUAUUUUUGAGUCAGAUUGCGCGGGUUUCGUGCGUUUCAAACAAUCGCUAUUCCAUAACACUUGAAUGCCAAAGUCGAUGUCUGUAAGCCAUUGGACGAACGCUUGUGUUGUUUACAUAAAUUGCGUGGAUCUCUGACAUCACAACAAACUAUUGAUCGUACAAAUAGGAGCCAUUAAUAUUGACAACCGACGCAUAGGUCGCCGUUGUCCAUCCAAGCUGCUCUGGUGUUAUUUUAGCUCAACUAUUCAAGUAGUUUGCUCAUAAUUGUUGUUAAUUUUAAUUUUUUUUAUCUUAAUUUUUAACUUCCCUUAGUGAGGAAUAAAAUUCUAAAGUUAUUUUGUAAUCUCCAAAUUAGUUUUUAAUGUACUGGACCGUGUAUGGCUUAGGACUCAUGCCGCCUAAACGCGUUGCGCGUUUCUAAUUUUAUUUUAUAGCUUCCCUUCGCUUGUCACUCUACCGUCCCUUUAACCUUGUGUAAAAUUGUAUGGUAGCUUUAUUAGAUUAGCCUCAGUAUCGAAUCGAAGCGUGUUUACUUUGAAUUGAGCGUAUAUUUGUUACUAAGUUUUUAUCGUGUUUAUGAUUGGUCGCCAACGCACAGAAUUGCCAAUAGAUAUCGUACGGAAUAUUGAAUAGCGUGGUUCAAGGGCGACGGGUCGGUGGCGUGACAACGUUCGGCUUAGUAGUAGCUUGACAUCAGUCGGCGCUGCGACUAGCCCAUUGUCAGGAGCCACUCACUCGUUUAACUAUGUACGCCAUAGGGACCAAGAUAUCUUUGAUUAUUUUGUGCAGUUUCAUUUACGCUGAAAAUGCUCCACUCAUAAAUAAGCUGAUCAUUGACUCGAUGCAUACUAAAAGACAUUCUCAUUUUCCAUUGUUAAUAGUUGCGCGCGCGUUUGGCGUCGCUUAUAACGACGGAUGUUACUUAUACGACAAUUGUACCUAGUGAUAGUGUGUACGAUAUUCAGGAGGGCCUUUUAAUUUAAAUAAGGUUAAAGUUUUGCUUGUUGUCUUUAUUUAUAUAUAUUUUUGUACGUUACGACGUUGACGUCCUAAUACAAUAGAGAACACAUUAGGUGAUAUCUACAAAGAAACUAGUCUUCCUUAUUUACGAGGGAUCGUGUUGAGAUGGAGGGACGCGUGACGUCGACACAAGAGGCAAUCAUUCCUCUAGUCUUGUUAUGUGGUGCGAAUAAGUGAAUACCAAAUAUAAAAUAACGAAGGCUUUGACGUUAGUGUGUAGAGGUUACGAUAGCUCGGCCCGAGCAGCUUGGACCCUGUCAAACUUUACAAGGGAAUGGUUGGGUAGUAUUAUUAUAAUGCAUUUAUUUCUCUUUUCAUAGUCACUCAAUCAUAUAUUUAAUUAAUUGAGCUAAUGCCUAAAAAUUGGAAUAUCAGAGUUUAUUUAGGAUGUUCAUAUUUUACAUUUUAGUGUUUAAAUAUCUAAAAUUUACCUUAAUUAUAGUGAAUGGAUUUUUGUAUUAUUGGAAUAUAUAGCUGUAAGACAAAGGGUGUUCUUGAUAAAACACAAACAACUGAUUAUAAACAAAAUAAUAAAAAAAAUUGUACUGAGUGACUUUACGUGUAAACAGAGGGCCAUUGAUAAAAAAAUGUUGAACUAAGCUAAAAUUGUCUAUGUGGUAACUUAACUAAAUGUGAUUGCUGAGAAUAUUUUAACUGCUAUUAUGUAUAGUUGUAAUAGAGCAGUAAGCCGCCAUUUAUCUGUUAGCUCUGUGAGCGUACAAACGACAUGCACUCCGUAUAAACGUUGACGCGCGUUCUUAAUAUUUCAGUAAGUUGCAUUUGAUUCGACGAGUACGUAUGUAGCGUUUAUGUAUAUAUGUAUGUGUAUCAAGGCCAACCCCCCACCAACAGUUAAUUGAUGCAGUAGACUCGAGACUGCUGCUCGCUAACUACACAAGACACUGCUUCUCUAGUCUCUCUCGCAUUCAAGCAUCGCACGUGGCGACGUGCGGGCGAUUAUAAUCGAGCAUAAUUUAACGAUCAUAUCCUAUAUGAAACUAGUUUAUAUUCGUAUUAUUCUUUCAUUAGAUCUCUGUUGUACCUGUGUGAAAUUGUUUAUAUUCAAUGUUCAUUUGUACUGUAAGAGAACUUUACUGGUCUCGACGACACCGUGCUUGACAUAUACGUAAUCGCGUAGUUCGAACGACCAAAUUCAUGUUCCACUAAAGUACUAAAAACCUCUCAAUAUUUAGAUAUUUCUAUUGGCGUCAAAAAUGAAUACUCUGCGGUCUUAAAUUAGUCACUUUUGUACCUUGAUUGUACUUGUACUUGAAUAAUAUCCUAUGUAAGUGAGGAACGACUAAUCCAAUUCUGAAAUAUACUUAAUUUAAAUUUUGACAGACUGAUAUCUGUGAUUAAGAAAAUAUUUUUAAUAUUGUCCAGUGAGUCGGAUGAGAAUAUUUAUUUUAUUAGAGGUCUCCUACUGCCAGCGGCACAUUCUUAUGUGACGAGACAUAAUAUUUAACUGCUUCGUAUAUUUUUUUACUUUAGUGAUGUAUCGAGCUGAUACAUUUAAAAGACCAUUAUACGAGUGGGAUACUACCGUCGACGGUUUAUGUUGUACAAAACGAACAAGCUUAAUUAGUAAUUAAAAACCCCACCAUACAGAUGUAGUGUACCGAUCCCAAUGAUUUAUAAAGUAAAUGUAACAGUCAAUAUCAUGACAUCACCGCCACGUCGUGCGGACCGUGCAGACCGUGCGGGUCGCGCGCGUCGCUCGUGGCGCAGACUGAUCACAAAAAAUUACUAUUGAGUACCACCGAUGUCAUCUGAAAUUUGUUUCCUUAAAAUGAUUGAUCUUUGAACGUUGCAUAUCGUCUACAUUUCUAAUUCGAAUUAUUUUGUUAUAUUCAUAUCCAUGAUUCCCGUGAUGUGCGUUAAGUUUGGAUAUUUGUAAAACCUUAAGUUAUCAUAAUAAUGAAUACUAAAUUGAUUGCCUUUAGUAUUGUAGUGAGUGACAUCUCUUUAAAAUAAUGAACGAUUGGCGUUGUUUUAUAAUAAAAAAUAAUAUUUUUCGGUACCACCUUUGAGUUAAAGUACAAUGUAGUUAUAUAAAGCAUGUUUCAGCGACGUAUUUCAUUAUAACAAUAUCAACAUAACUAAUUGAUAAGUUUAGCGUAGACUUAGGCUGUCUCGUCUCACGUUACACCAAUAUUAUUAAUAAUAAUUAAUUCUCCUCGAUAUCUGUAUUGGAACACUUAAUAAAUAAGCAGAUACUAAAUUAUGUCAUAAUUAUAUCAAUAGGCUAAAUAUAUUAAACAAAUAAAAACUAAAAGAUUUUUCUGUGCAAAUCUCUGUGAUGGGAAAAUUUAUUCUAAAGAUCUAGUAUUAACUGAAAGUGACACAAGGGUCGUACUAUGAAGCAUUUUCCUUGCGUUUGCGGGAGAUACAUGUACGCUAACUCAUAAGCACAUCUUUAUCGAACGCACGGAAUAUUAGUCUGUAUUGCAUUUCAUGCUAGGGCCCGAGUUUCAUGGUGACUUAAAAAGUUGAACUUUUCAGUCUUUUCGCGCAAAGGGUUGUGUAUUAUUUUUUAUGUAGUACAAAAUGUGUUCGCAAUUUGAUUGCUGCUGUAGUGUUCCUUAUGUUCUUAUUCAAAUUAACUUUGUUGGGUAUUUAUUUGAAACUUUGUAUUCUCAAUGUCUAAAGUAAUGUUUAAUAAUAUAAUUAUGGUCGUAAUAAUUAUGAGGCAUGCGUAAGUAAUUUCACGUAGUAAGUUUAUGAACGGCUGCCUUAAUAGUAAUAUGAAUUUGUAUCGAUCUGUACACCAUCCUCUACGUAUGUUCCGUCGACGACUCGCUGCGCCGAGUCGUUAGUGUUCCGUCACGUACCAAAUAAUAGCGUAGCGGGGCGCUGGAUCGGUGGCAGCGCCGCGCCUCGGUCUCGCCUACCACACCUCAUAUAUUCUAGAUCUAUUUUUGCAACUGCCGUGUUUUUAGACAUGGCCAUCUCCAUUUACUAAAGGUGUGUGGUGCGACAGAAGCCGGCGUCCGGCAUCGUCCCGGCCGCCCUCGGCAGCGGUUCCAUGUUCUUUGUCUGUAUUACCUCAUUCAAUAACCUCACAUAGUAUGUCCUAUAUCAAACUAUUUAUAUAUCGAUUCCCAGUACUUAUCAAACGCACUGCACUGUUAUUUGGUACACAAACAUUUUAACAAUUUCUUUAAGUUAAUUUAAGAAUUUAUCGUGAAUUUUAUCAGUGUAUCAAAUAGUCCAUAUAUUUUACUGUUAUUUUUCUGAUACUACCUUAAUAAAAGCAAUGUAUAUUAACAAACAAAGCAGGAGAACAAUAAUUAUUAUGUAAGUGUAACAGUUAGUGAAUUUAAGUGUGCUAUUUUCCAUUCCAGAACUCAACGAUAUCAUUGUUCUUGUAAUACUUAUGUUCGGGUUAUAAAAAUGUUAUUAUUGUAUUUAAACUAAACCUUAUGUGAUUGAAAUGCAAUGUUUAGAAGUA